AUGGAACAGCCAUUCUCUACCUCUAAAGUCACAGUCGAAUAUUUCGAUCCCCAUGAUGUUUUUAAGCUUCUCGCACCCGGGCUAGUACCUCGACUCCCUCUGCGUAACCUCCAUUGGCAAUCCCAUGCCGGACCCCUUCGUUCCAUUGACACAUUACACGUCGACCUUGUCCCAGCUGGUGAUAAGAGCUCCAUUACUUCGCCUCUUUCCUCUCCGCCCCCUUCCCAACAAUUAGAUAGCGUCGCUACUCGUGAUGACGGUUUCCAGACUCAGAUUGGAGCGACGUCUUCCUCCGAUGCUGUCGAUCAGACUGCGAAUCGAAACAGCACACCCGUGCGACGACAUCAGAUACCAGGGCUAAGGAGGACGCCCUAUCUAAAGGUGUUUCUAGUACGAUGUGACGACAAUGAUUCAUAUAAGGGACACGUGAGACAGGAGAUACGCGACUGGAUUAAAACGAAUACACCUUCCUCUAGUUCUAAGAAGAAUACGGCCGAAAACCACGAUGCUUUCGAAUGGCUUAUUGUUCAUGUUGUUAUACCAAAUACCGUCGCUGCGACUCAACCCCGUGACUCGGGAUCUGUAACUGAAAAGAGCUCCACCGCAUCCAGAUGGAGACCCGGGUCGAGCCCGAUUCUGGAGAAGAUGAGGUCCGACUUCAAUACCUCUAGCAAAGGAACAGUAGAUCGGAUCGCCCAAAUUCGUAUUGGUGUUAACGAUGUCCCGUAUGAUCUGCUUCCACGCGUGGUACCCGCCGUACCUAGCGGUUAUACCGAAACAGAACAAGAGACAGAGAAUUCUUGGACGGAUCUCGUAUCUAAAUUUCGCAGUCUCAUUCUGUCUAGUUUUGACCUACGUGUUAGCCAGUACGAGGAAGAUAUUAGGGAGAAAGAUGCGCAGAGGACUUUACCCGGAUGGAACUUUUGCACAUUCUUCAUUCUUAAGGAAGGAUUAGCUCGGGGCUUCGAAAGCGUAGGCUUGGUAGAGGAUGCGUUAGUGGGAUACGAUGAGUUAAGCGUGGGGCUCGAUAUGAUUGUCAAGGACCAAAUGUCGGCCGGAUCUAGCUCUGCUACAAAUGCCCUGUUAGGCUACACGGAGGAGUUGAAGCAGAUCGCCCUCAAGGCUAGGGAGGCGAUCAUUGGAAUCGAGGAUGAGGAUGAAGACGAGCUAGUUGAUUUGCAAUCGUCCCAGGCCGAAUCUACUCAGCCGAAGGACGCAUACGAUGAUAUUCCAAUCAGCUCUACGAAGAAGCCGUAUCGUGAUAUGAUCGUCGCCAACAAUGUGUCCGUCUUCGACUUCAGAUGUUAUAUCUUCGCGAGGCAAAUUUCUCUCCUACUCCGGCUUGGGAAUGCCUGGUCGACUAGGGAAGAGUUGCUGGCAAAGCUCAAAGAACAGCAGGAGUCCGUUUUACACGGUGUUGCUCCCCGAGCACCACCCCCGAAACAAAAGGAAAAUGAGCAUGAAGAUUUAACUAUGCUUGGUGAGAUCUGCCGACGGACGCUAGAAUUCAUCCCGACGCUUUCACAAGUCAUGAGGAAUGAUGUUUUUGCUGCAUUAUCUGACAUGGAAAAAGAAGACGGAGAUGAGACAGCAGUACCUUCUCAACUAGAUCCUCUAGUUUCGGAGGUGGUUGAUAAUCUAGUGGCUUCUUUUGCAUUUUCCAUCGCACAACAAAUCUUAGCCCAGACAUCUACCAAAGCUUUACCAAUACCAACAUCUGCUUUGGCUUCUCCAGAUUCUCACGAGCCAAAGUCAGCAAUACCGGAACCUAAGACAAUGAUGCAUCCAGCUAGAGGCUCGUCUUUGUCUAUACGAACAAGCGGUACCGGCAACGUAGGCCGUCCGCCUCCAAGUCCAAAUAUUUUCUCUGGACAUCCACCGGGUGCUAUAGGCGAGCACGGCCAGUCCACGUUUCUCAAAGCUGGGCUAGAAGAGCUCGCUGCUAGGAGAGCAGAGCUCUAUAUUCUAUCCCGAAAUAUUCUUGCUGAAUGCGGAAAGAAACGAGGGUGGAAAGAUGGCUGGGCCGACGUACCAGUCAUAGGACAGACGAGCAUGAUCGAAAUGGUCGAUAUCGAUCUUGGGGACAGUGAUAAUAACGAAAAGCCAGCGGCAAAGGAUGAGGAUGUACCGGCCGAUAGAGAAGUUAUUGUGUCGCUCUCAGGCAUUGAUAGUAAACUUCUUAGGACGGCCCUCGACAACAGUGACGAUUUCUACCGUCUUUAUGAGACACUCACCGAUAAAGCUCUGCGGCAUUACACCGUCGCUGAUCAUCAUCAUUCGGUGCAGACAAGCAUGGCGGAUAUCGCAGUAUUGAAAUACUAUCUUGGCGACUACACCUCGGCUUCCUCUUACUUUUGGAGGACCACCCCCUUUUUUGGAGAAAGUGGCUGGAGCCUUCUCGAGUUGUCUAUGUUGGUUAUGUACUCAAAAAGCCUUAAGCAACUCCAACGAAAGGAUGAGUACGCCAAGGUUAUGCUGAAGCUCCUGACGAAAGCCGCUGCCGCCGAGAGAGAUCGUCAGGCACAGAAGUCAGGAUUUCGAAUACCAAAUAUGGAUGAUGUUGAUUAUCCGGAUAGUGAUGUUAUCAAGGGAUUCUUGGACGACCUGCUUGCAGCAACAAAAACUCUCUCGAACGAAUUACAAAUAUCACUGUCCAGCUUCUUCUCGGUUGUGGAAGUAGAUGGCCCUCCUGAGUAUUACCAGGGUCAAGACAGCAUUUCUCUCAACCUAAAGGUGAUGAGCUUGCUGGUGGAUAACUUCAAAGUUGACUCAGCGAAAGUACGGGUUGUUAGUCUGGCCGGGAAAUCGUCAAAGGAAAUACGGUUUGAGCUCGCACAACCGGUAGUGUUAAAGCCUGGCAAGAACAGGCUCAAACUGAAGAGCAAUUCAACGAUCCCAGGGACUUAUGAGAUCGAUAAGAUAGAUCUCGUCGCUAGUAACUUACGCCUUCAUUACGAACGAGAGACGGGUCAACCGUUAAAUAAGGAUAACGAUAUUGUCCAUUCCCCACAUGUUGUCAUUUAUCACCAAGCCGAUACGUUAGACGUGCGGUUACACGCAUCGAAUCAUGUUCAAUUGGAUCGAAACAAUACGGUAGACGUCGAGUUAGAUCCCGGCUGGAAUAAUUUGAUAAAUGCGGAAGUUCGAGUUAAGGCGGCUACGGGAGGUUUAAGACUCCUCACCAGCGAAGCGAAGUGUAUCAGCUCUUCUGUCAGCUUCUCUAAGCCACCAGAGGGGGGAUUAUUUCAUUUCGAUUCCAUAUCGUCGAACGAUGUUGUUCGAAUCCGAUUCCCGUUCACAGUAGAGCAGGAGACACUUAACAUAUCUGUACGCAUCGACGUGUCGUAUACUACUGAAAAUGGCAAAUUCUUCUUUUCGAAAACACCUACCAUCGAAACUGCCCUGGCUCUGGGGGUCAAUGUCCAAGAUGUCUUUAAGCAUAAAGCUCUCUACUCUCGCUUUACCGUGUCCACGGCGACUCACAGUCCCCUACGACUAUUUAGAAGCGAGCUCCUCAGCUCGGAAGUCUUCACGUCGGAAUUUGGGGUGCCGCCUGGUGCGCCUGUCGUUAUCUUUCCAAAACAGCCAGCUAGUAUUCUAUACAAGGUCACCCGCAAUAUCGAUGUGAAGGUUACGCCGACAACUCAGAAGACCAUGUACCUUAGGCUUCAUUACAGCGUCUUGCAAGAAGAGAUCGAAUCUCUAUUUGAAAACUCGAUAAUUGAGUCUCUUCAAGACAAACCGCUGCGUCCAUUCUCUAGGCUCCUAUGCUCGGUCGUGAUUCCACAUGUCCGACAUCAUCUUACGGAACAAGAGCUUGAGCGCGCAGCUCUCCUCAGAUCUGUUUCCACUACAUUCCUGUCAUCCAUCAGCUGGGCUAAAUAUUUCACCGGCCUAGGCAAGGCACCCGACGGUACCAACUGUUUGCAGACUCUAACAUCUUUCCUACAUGUGUGGCAAGCCGAAAAUCCAAAGUUAGGUCUUACAACCUCGGUUCCCGCCGAGCCCAGAUCAAUACUUAUCCCGGUUGACAUACCAUCCUUAACCAUCGUACACACAACCGAUAUCCGACUCCAAGAAUCCCCACAACCAUCCCCAGUGCUCCCCUCCAAUCCGUCAAGCCCAACUAUCUCCGCCAACCAGCUACUGCCCGCGGCCUUGCAUCUAAAGUGGACCCGAGUCUGGGACACAGAUACGCCGCCCGCCGAGCAGACCGACCUCGAGUUCAGCUACGAGAUCACCGCGCCCCAGGAUACGUGGCUACUAGGCGGUCGGCGCAAGGGCCACUUCGUCAUCCCAGCACCCUCCUCCUCUAGCGAAUCGAGCUCUUAUGAAAGCACCCUAGACACCGAAGCCGAGAUCCCAAUCCUCCUGAUCCCGCUGCGCGAGGGCUGGCUCCCAUACCCCAGCGUCGACAUCCGCGAGGUGCGGGACCACGAGGGCGCGGGCGUCACGACGCCCGGUGCCGAGAGCGCAAGAGCAGGACAAUUCGAGACUGAUCUUGGGAAUCUCGGCGAGACGGUGCGGGUGCUUGCCGAUAGGGCGCGCGUCACGCUUAGUCUGGAUGCUAGUGGUCCUGGGGGCGGACCGUUGGUGUUGGAUGUAGAGCGGUUGCCGGGGGUUGGCAGUGUUGGGGGAGGGUAUAUGAAAGGGAGGGCUGUUGCAUGA